AUGGGUAACUCUAUGGAAGCUCUGACAUCUCUGAAACUGACGUCAUGCACAGCUAAAAAUCCUUCAACAAAUAAUAGCAUUACAUUGGUUAGUAAUGGAUGUAGAGGUGAUGAUGCCAAUCAGAUAAUAUCAACCAUAGCUAAUGGUGAACCAGUUAAAGAAGGCAAUGCUGUAAUUCUCAGAUUUACUGCCUUCAAGUUUGUGUCGUCAAAUCAAGUUGCUUUUAGUUGUAAUGUUAAAGUUUGUGUUCAAAGUGAUUUAAGUUGUAACCAGCAAUGUUCUAGCACAGCAUCUAUAACUACACCAACUACUACUCCUGCAACGGCAGUUCGGCGUAAGAGGGCCGUGGGUCAAGAAGAAACUGUUACGGCUUUAAUAACUGUUAUAGAGAACAGCGAGACGGAGACGAUAGCCCCUACAACAGAUUCACCACCCACCUGUCCACCGAAUAAUGAAACACCACAGCCACAUGAAGGUACAAGUGCUAUUGGUUGUUUUCAAAACAGAGAAAUCCUAACAGUUAUUAUCAUCUUAGCUUUGAUGCUGGUCAUAGCGCUGGUUGUUGUCAUGGUUUUAAUAGUCCAUUACUUCAGACAGAAAGAUGCUAAGGUUAGCGAUAUGCAACCACCGCAGGAAGUGCUGCGACAAUUUACUAUUCCAAGAGUCAAUAUUUAAAUGCAGCUUCUUAAUUCAUGGAUGUUGAUAUCUAGAGAGUCUUUGUUAAUAAUACGUAAUGUUUAAAAAUGGAUUAUGUAAGAGCUAAAUCUGCCUAUUGUAGGUCUUUAUUUUGGUUUCAAAUGUUAUAUAUACCAUUAUUUAGACAUUUAUUCAUAUGACAAGUCUAUAAUCAACUCUCUAGAGCAUCGGAUGGCGGAAAUUUAAACCGAGUCUCGAAUAUCAAGUACCGUUGUUACGAUAAUAAACAAUCUAUAUCACAUAUUGUCAAAACUUCAAACAGCGAUAACAUCGCUCAGAAUAAAAUAAUUUUUAAAAUAAAAUUUUCAAUACUGUAUAUUCAUUUUGCAUUAUCUAUUUUUGAAUUAUAGUAAGAACGACCAGCUCUUUAUCUAAAUCUUACAUAAUGCAUCUUUAAUCAUCCUAUUUAUACAACCUGUUUAAAAUGUGAUGUCCACAUGUUACAAAUGGAAACUGCUGAACGGCAUACCAGACGUCCACUAACGAACCCAUGAUAACAAUGAUUCUACUUGUAAAAUAUGUAAAUAGUUCGGUCCAAUUAUUAAGUAUAAUAUUUACCAUAACAGAGAAUGUUUUGUAAUUGUUGGUUUCUCUUGAUCUCAAUUAAUAUACCGUUUAUACAGUUAUAUAAUGUACCUCGUCUUGAUGAAUGUUUUCUUUUAUACCCUCUUUGUUUUUCCUUUAUUUUUUAAAUUAUUAUUAUUAUUUUUAUUUUAAUUGAAGAUUAUCUUUUUUUAAUAGCACAUUUAUACGGUCUGUAGUUCAAUUAACAUCCGAACAAGUUGCUUCACCCUUUUGUUUAUUGGAUUUUCAUGGUAGAAUGUAAUCAAUAAA